GCGGCAGUGGCGGCGGGUCCGGGGUGCUGCUGGUGGGCCCGGCGGCAGCGCAGGGUGAGCCCCGAGGCAGGUGGCCGCUGGAGCCGCUCACGCGUCCGGCUGGCCCGCCCUCCCCGACCCAAGGGCUUGGCCGCACGUCAGGUGCGCGGCGCGGUGCGGAAGGGGCGGUGGAGAGCACCGGGACGGAGCCGCGACCCGCGUGAAGCAGCCAGCAAUGGAUUCUGAAGCCCUUCAGAAAUCCUCUGCAUCUCAUCCUAAACCCUCCGGGCUGACUCUUCAGUAUGGCACCGCCGGGUUUCGCACCAAGGCCGAGCAGCUGGAUCAUGUCAUGUUCCGCAUGGGCUUGCUGGCAGUACUCAGGUCCAAAGUCCUGGCAUCUACUAUUGGCGUCAUGGUUACAGCAUCUCACAAUCCUGAAGAAGAUAAUGGUGUAAAGCUGGUUGAUCCCCUUGGAGAAAUGCUGCACCCUUCCUGGGAAGAGUAUGCCACACAGCUAGCAAAUGCAGAGGAGCAAGAACUGCAGACAACAAUAACUGAGAUCUGCCAAAAAGCAGCAGUGAACCUGCACAAAGAUGCUUCGGUUUUUAUUGGGAGAGAUACCAGGCCAAGCAGCAAGAAACUCUCACAGUCAGUAAUAGAUGGUGUUUCUGUCCUAGGUGGUCAGUACCACGAUUAUGGUCUGCUGACAACACCACAGCUGCAUUACCUGGUCUGCUGUCAGAACACUCAAGGACAGUAUGGGAAAGCAACCCUGGAAGGUUACUAUGAAAAACUAUCCAAAGCUUUUACGGAACUGAUAAAGCAGUCUCCUAUCUCUGGAGAGAAUCAGAGGCACCUGAAGAUUGAUUGUGCCAAUGGAAUAGGAGCCCUGAAACUAUCUGAAAUGAAACCCUACUUUCCAAAGGAGAUGCUGAUUCGCCUAUAUAAUGAUGGAACCAAGGAGAAGCUCAAUCACUUAUGUGGUGCAGAUUUUGUGAAAGUUCACCAGCAACCGCCUAGAGGGCUGGUGAUGGAGCCAGGUGAGAGGUGCUGCUCCUUCGACGGCGAUGCGGACAGAAUCGUUUAUUACUAUACGGACACAACGGGCCGUUUCCACCUCAUCGAUGGAGACAAAAUAGCAACUUUAAUUAGUGUCUUCCUCAAAGAACUUCUGGCUAAGGUGGGCCAGAGCUUGGAGCUGGCGGUGGUGCAGACAGCGUAUGCCAACGGGAGCUCCACGCGGUACCUCGAGGAGACACUGAAGGUACCUGUGCACUGUGUCAAAACAGGAGUGAAACACUUGCAUCACAAGGCUCAGGAGUUUGAUAUCGGCGUUUAUUUUGAGGCAAAUGGACAUGGCACAGUAUUGUUUAGUAAAGCUGCUGAAACUAAAAUAAGACAGCUGGCAAAAGAGGAGAAAGAUGAUGGAAAAAGAGAAGCAGCGAAGGUGCUCGAAAACAUGAUGGACCUGAUUAAUCAGACAGUGGGUGAUGCUAUCUCGGACAUGUUGGCCAUCGAGGCGAUCCUGGCCCUGAAGGGACUGACAGUGCAGCAGUGGGACGGCCUCUACACGGACCUGCCCAACCGCCUGCUCCGAGUCCAGGUGGCAGAGCGGCGCGCGGUGGCCACGGUGGAUGCGGAGCGGCGGGCGGUGUCGCCGCCGGGGCUGCAGGACAGCAUUGAUGCGCUGGUGGGGAAGUACAGGGCAGCACGAGCCUUCGUCCGCCCCUCGGGAACAGAAGACGUGGUGCGAGUGUACGCUGAAGCAGACACACAGGAGAACGCAGAUGCCCUGGCCCUUGAGGUGAGCAUGGCUGUGUACCAACUCGCUGGUGGAAAAGGAGCACCACCCCAGCUGCUAUAAUCAACGAGACAACUGCAGUCAAAGUGCCUCACUUAUUUUGUAAUGCUCCUUUCUCUACCAUGUGCUAGUGUGGACCUAACCCAUCCUGCCAGAGGGCAGCAAGGAUUAAUCACAACUGAGAAGAGUAUUAUUCCACUUAUUAUUUACCUCUGUUAGCAACUUACCUUUUGCUGCUGAAUGUUUUCCUGCCCUGUCUUUGUCCAACUUCUGAAGCUGAGGUGGCUCAGAGGGUGCCUGCUUCAUGUCAGGCAGCAGCCUGCUCAGAAGGCAUCCUGCCACUCCAGCUCCCUGCAGUGGGUACCUAACACUCCCCUCCCACACCCACAGCAGCUGCAUCUGAUGGAGCUCUGGGGGCAAAUAGUACCAGGCAGAGCCUGUGGCUGAUCUGGAGCAUCAGAAGUCACCUCAGUUCAGGAGGUCUGGCUCUGGCAGGGGGGUUGGACUAGAUGAUCUUUCAAGUUCUCUUCCAGCCCUUAAGAUUCUGUGAAACAAGAUCAGGAAGAAGAGCAUCUGCAAGUAACAACAUAUCAUUGCAGUGCCACUGGCACCCCAUCCUUCUAUGAAAUGUAUUCACCAGAGAGUACUUUGAAGUAAGCACAGUUGUCAUGGCUUUUAAGAAGGAAGGGACAGAGACAAGCUUGCCUGCUGUGACCCUCACUGCUCCCCAGCAGCAGGCAGGGCAGGGCCAGUGGGACUCAUGCUCUGGACACACAAGUCUCCUCGGCUGAGUCCAGUGCAGGGCAUCUACCUCUGGCAAUCCUGUUUCCCGUGGCAGUCCUGCAGUAAGGCCAGGCUUAAUGGCAUUUUCCAGAUUGCUAAAUAAGCACAAAUUCCAAUGGAUUAAAGGAAAAAAAAAGACCAAAAUAAA